AUGGGAUCCCUAUACCCCUCUCCUGCAGGGCCUCGAUUUCUAGUAAUCGGAGCAGGAUCCAGAGGCUGCGCAUAUGCUCGAGCUAUUACUGUGUCCACAGCUGGUAGCAUUGCAGCGGUCGCCGAACCUGACGCGUUCAAGCUGAAAGCCUUUGGACAGAAGUACAUAUGGAAAGACAACAAGCCUCAAGAAGGUCAAGCAUUCACUGGUUGGCAAGAGUUCGUUGAGUGGAAGACAACACGACGCGUUCGAGCAGGAAGCGAUAAUGAGUCGCCUGCAGCUAUUACUGGCGUCUUCGUCUGCACGCUCGAUGAGACUCACGCGACCAUCAUUCGGGCUCUUGCUCCAUUGAACCUCCAUAUCAUGUGUGAAAAGCCUUUGGCAUUGUCUAUGACCGAUUGCAUAUCUAUAUCUGGGGCACUGGCAGCAUAUCCUCCUAGGGUGGUCUCGAUCGGCCACGUUCUGCGCUAUUCUCCCCAUAACAUUCUGCUUCGAGACCUCCUUGUCAAUCAACAAGUUAUUGGCGAGGUGGUGUCAAUCGAGCAUACAGAACCGGUAGGAUGGUGGCACUUCGCUCAUUCACUCACAGGCGACCGUCCUCAUUUCCCGAGCAAUAUCACAAGCAGUGGUAGCCUUACCCAUUUUCGUCCUCUCCGAAAGCCAAAGAAGGCUGGUAAAGCCACGAAUUGUCUCAGCUGCGCGGCCGAGCCGGACUGCAAGUAUUCUGCAAAAAGUGUAUAUCACGACAAAUUUCUGAUGGGAGCGAAAGAUACAGGAUGGCCUGUCAAGAUCGUCGUACCGGAGAUUGAAGACAUUGUAAAUACUCAAGGCUGGGAAAGAGCUGGCGAAAGGCUUCUCACCAAGCUGACAGAAGACUACACCGCAGAUACUCCUGAUGAGGAUAUUGCGAGCAAGAGCUGGUAUGGUCGUUGUGUUUACGAGUCAGAUAACAACGUGGUAGACGAUCAGUUCGUUACUAUGACCUGGGACGAGGACGCGUUGAAUGACAGCACAUAUGGUAGAGGCCCGAAACAGGCUCUCUUUCAUAUGACAUAUCCGACUCAAGCACAAUGUGAUCGCAGAGGUCGAAUCUAUGGCUCAGAUGGUGAAAUCACCUAUGAUUCACACACGAUCACAGUAUAUACCUUCCAUGAUGCGCGGAAAAAGCUGCACAGCAUCCCUAAACAAGCUCCUGAAGUCGGAGCCUCACAUGGCGGUGGCGACUGGGGUCUUGCAGGGGCAUUCGUGCGAGCUGUCGAAGCCGUUGACAAUGGCACUGCGACUGUUGCUGAAGCUCAGACGAGUUUUGUCGGGUGUGAUCUGGACGAGAUCAUUCGCAGUCAUGCUGUGGUAUUUGCUGCCGAGCACGCACGGACGCAGAGAAACGUGGUCAGCUUUCCUGAUUGGUGGUCGCAAGCAGCAACAACAAUGAAGACGGAAUGA